AACGCUUCGCCAUGGCGGCAAUUAUAUCGAGGUCGACGAUAUCUCCGUCGGUGUCGGCUUCGUCGGUAUCGGCGUCUACCAUACUUACUUCAGUUAAGUCGACGAAAGAUAGCGAUCUCCUGACUGUGGGAUUUACCAAUACCUCUUCGAUAUUAUUAAUUCCACCACUGGGGAUUUCCUUACCGUUACAAACGUCUCUCCUGAUCAAUUCACCGAAAUCGAGCGUAAGCGAGACACUAGGCGAAUGACUAGGCAAAAGAAACGAUACCGAAAGUUCCGUUUACGCCGCUACAAUGCCAAUUCCCAGAUCUUGAUCAUCACAAUCCCAACCGAUCUACACGAGGCCCUUCACCUAGGACUUUAUGGCCCGUAUCUCCGAAGUACUACGGAGGAAAAGUGGAAACAUAUAGGUACUACAACAUUUCGGCAACAAGGUCAUCCUGGAGGAGAUGGCGGAGAAGGCGAUUCGACAGGCGGUCCACGGCCGGAACGUAUAGGAGCAGGUAAUUGGCCAACACUAGUCAUUGAGUCUGGACAUUCCGAAACAUUACCCGAACUUCACAAGGAUAUGCAGUAUUGGUUUCAGGCAUCAAACCACGAGGUUAAGAUUGUCAUUCUGGCGAAAUUUGACGACCAGCAACACCACAUUUUGCUAGAGAAAUGGGAGGAAGAAAUCUCGAGUCCACAAGGAGUGAUUACGCGGAGUCGAGCUGCUGCUAUAUUACAGCAGAAUGGUGUUCUCAACCCAGUGGAACGGCAGUCAAUCACCAUCACCCGCGAUGAGACAACAAAUCCAGUAUCGUACAAUGUUACUAGGGGGGCAUUAGUACUAGGAUUUCGACUUCUUUUUCUUCGCGAUCUAGGCUCGCAAGAGGGAGAUUUUGUACUUAGCAUUCAGAACCUACAGCUGUAUGCAGAGAAUGUCUGGGCUGAGCUGCCGAGAUCAGACUAGCCAAUCAGAAAUCAGUAUUGAUGACCCAACAUAUGGCCAAAAACGGCAGCCCCAAAGUGACACAGGAAUUCCAAGCAAGGGUGAAUGGCACGCUUGGCGGCAACAGCAAAAUAACCCAGUCGCGGCUCUCCUUUUGAGAACGGGAUGUGAUUGGACGUUGGAUCGCUGCACCCAAUGGGAGACUUUCUCCAAAAACAUGAAACGGGCUCAGCGCCUCCAGUGCGGUCGCCGCCCAACAGCGAC